AUGCCUGCCCGUGUAGAAGUGAUGGUUCAGUGCAGAACAUGUUUGACUGUCAUGCAAGCCUGCAGUAUCAAGCGGCACGAGCGGUCGAAAAGACACCUUCAGGCCCUGGAAUCCCGGUCUCAGAAAGCAGCGUCAUCUCUACAAAAAGCCUCGCCGAAUCCCGAAACGACUCUCGAGCAGGAAGCGUCGUUGAACUCUAUCCCGCUCCCGACUGUCGAGCAAAAAGCCUCGCCGAAUCCCGAAACGAAUCUCGACCCGCUCCCGACUUUUGAGCAAAAAGCCUCGCCGAAUCCCGAAACGAAUCUCGACCCGCUCCCGACUUUUGAGCAAAAAGCCUUCAAGGACAGUGCUUAUGGCUGGACCGAGGCUCAUAAUACACGUCUGAAGAAUCUCAUUCAGCAUCUCAACACCACAGAAGCGGGAUGGUCCCCUACCAACCAGUUCAUAUACGAUCUCCUAGCAACUGACUGCUUCCCCGAGCUCCCGUUUCGCCGGUUGUCGCAGAUUGCCAGGCGAUUCUACGACGAGCUUCAGGUAGACGGAAUUCAUGGGUUCAAAGAAGAUAUCGAUGUUAUGGAUGAAGUCAAAGAGGUUGAAAAGGUUCACCAAGACGGAACAAUAAUCAUCUUCAGGCUGUUGUCCCACUCGACAUGGGAGGGCACCACGAACUACAGGUACGGCCACGCUCGGACGGAAUGCGCGCCUAGCAAAUCACUUACAAAGUGUUCCGUCUAUGCGCGAUCCUCACUGUACAGCGAAGAGGAUGACGCAAGAAUCUCGGUGACCAAGUCGGACGACAAUCUGAUGAUCUUAAAGCGAUACUCUUCAGACGCGCCAGACGUAUGCGAAACCUACUUCGCCCGCCCCUCUUCCAUCUCCGUUCGAGUGAAAUCCGAGCCGGCAACCAUCAUCGUAUUCAAAGAUACCAUGCAAGAGGAACGUCUUCACGCGAUGGUCCUGGCACCGAUUCAAAUCAACAGGGCCCGUUCCCAUCAUCAGUUGCCACACGUGGCUAUGUCUACGAGAAGCACAGCCUCUAUCGAGGCGAAAGAUCUGGAUACCCUGGACCCCGGUCGGUUGGUUGUGAAUUCGGUCGUCAACGCGUUUGCAAGACAUCUGCAGAGCCUGCUUGAUAAUGACACCCAAAAUGACGGGCAAAAAUACUGGAUUGCUCCUCUCGACUUCUCGGCGUGGUUGUGUGGGAAGCAAAUUUGGGACGCGAAUGCCAAUCUAGGUCCCCAGUAUCGGUUGCGUCAAGACGAGUUUGGAAAAGUAGAUGGUCACUGGAUUAUUCCCGUAUUGACAAUGGGGGGCAAGGGCAAGGAUGAGGUCGGCCACUACUGGGUUGCUGUUGUUGAGACCGAGAACAAUCAGGAAGUGCUGGUCUAUGAUAGUCUCAUCGGUAGCAGUUGCGUCGCAGCACCACGUCAUACGGAGCUGGCUGAACGUCUAGGCUGCUCCACCAUCACCUUCGCUCAUCAGGCACUUCAGAGUGACUACACGUCCUGCGGAGUCCAUGCCAUGAUGGCGAUGGCACGAGCUGCGAAGACACCUCUGAUGCAAGAAGUUGCAACUGAUCGGCGCUGA